UUAUAUGUUUGAAAAAAAUAAUAAUUAAAAGGCAAAUUGAAUGUAAACUCAACUUACGCAUCAAAAUUAAUUAAAUGCACCCAAAAAAAUUAAAAAUAAACAUGCCCUAGAUGUGAUGUUAUACUUGACCACCAUUGCACCACCAGCCGCCGUUGCAGCACCAUAGAUCCACUGAGCUCAGCCACCGUCCCUCCCUUUGCCGAAAACAGAGAGCUCCUCGCCUCUUCACUGUCCAUCGACCAGCUCUGCCCCAUAACUACCGGAGCUCCAGUCAAUUUCACGCCGUCAAUCAUAGCUCCACAUUCACCUCCUUCUCAUAGAUUCACACUCGCAGACACAAAAGAUUUCAGCAAGAACUUGAGGUUCAGUCGCCGCUCUGAUUAAGUUACAGCUCCUGUUUCUUCUUCCCAAAAAUCGGAAACGUUCAUUUCUUUCAACCUUGUCCUAUUCAAUAAAUAAACUCAUGAAUAUGUGAUUUUUCUAGUAUAAUUUGUGAAAUUAGAGUGAACUAGCAGUCUUAACAGAGUUCUUUUUCGAUAUAUUCCUCUUGGUACUUUGCCUGAGAACUUACUUAGGCCAAUUUGGUUUCAUUGGGAGGCCUAUUUUGCUGCUGCAAUGUGUUAAACUUGCCAUGCCGCAUCGUGACAUUGAUCGGAGAAGCUUGUACAUCGAUGUUCAGUGCUCUGUUUAGUAUCAAGACUAACAACUGCAAUACCCUCUUUGUUCUUCUGGGAGAAUCCUUUCUGGUUAUUGUGGUUUGCCACAAUGCUCAACCUUAUUGGUAGACGUCGAUGUUUAUCUGCUGAAGUAAAAUCAUCAAAAUUGUUGUUGUUCAUAGAUUCUUCAGCAAUCAUGCAAUGGAACCGAUCAAUGACCACCAGUAAAAGAGUCCAAGACAGAAGCAAGAAGAAGCGGGUGCAUGACCUUGAAAUAGUGACAGAGAAGCACAAAAUACUCUCCAAAGUCCUAUUAAUAUUUGAAGUCCUUAAGCAGGAGCCUCAGCAAAUCAUAUCGAUUAGGGAACUUGAUGAUUAUAGAAGACAACUAAACCUCCCAAAACCCCAUAAAAUCUCGGCCUUCUUGCGGAAAUCCCCCAAGCUUUUUGAGCUGUACAAGGAUGAUAGAGGUAUCUUGUGGUGUGGUCUGACAAAAGAGGCUGAAGAUUUAGUCCGGGAAGAGGAGGCUAUUAUUGAACAACACAGUGAUAAAGCUGCAGAGCUUGUGACUAGGAUGCUGAUGAUGUCUGUAGACAAGCGCCUUGCCUUAGAUAAAAUUGUUCAUUUCAGAAGAGAUUUGGGGUUGCCGAUGGAUUUUAGGAACCAUUGGGUGCGGAGGUUUCCUGAUCACUUUAGAGUUGUUCAGCCAUUCAAGCCUUAUGAUGAAAGUGAGUACUUAGAGCUUGCAAAUUGGAAAUCAAGUUGGGCUAUGACAGAGUUAGAAAGAAAGGCAUUGGGGGUUAUGCAGGCCCCAGAUGAUCACAUACCUUGUCCUCUUACCUUGUCUUUCCCCAUGAAAUUUCCACCUGACUAUAAACAAGUGUUGUCCAGAUAUAAGGGGAAGAUAGAGGAUUUUCAGAAGCGGGAAUACUUGUCACCUUAUGCAGAUGCCAGUGAAUUAAAGGCUGGAACACUGGAGUUCAAUAAGAGGGCAGUUGCAGUGAUGCAUGAGCUGCUGAGUUUUACAGUCGGAAAGAGGUUGGUGACAGAUUACUUGACUCAUUUUAGAAAGGAGUUUGUAAUGCCUCAGAAACUGAUGAGACUGUUGCUGAAACAUUUUGGGAUCUUUUAUGUUUCAGAAAGAGGCAAAAGGUUUCAUGUAUUUAUCAACAGUGCUUAUCAAGGUUCUGAGUUGAUCGAGAAACAUCCUUUGAUUGUUUGGAGGGAAAAAGUUCUAAGCUUUGUUGGUUACAGAAAGAAGAAGGAAACAAUGGACACUCUUACAGAUUCGCAGGAAUAUGAAGAUGAUGAUAUGUUUGAGUAUGAGUCAGAAGAUGAAAAUGUUCAAGCGGAAAACAACAAGGGUAGUUUAGAGGGAGAUUUUCUGGAAAAUGAAUCUGAGAUGGAGAUAGAUGAAGUUUGUAGUGCAUACAGGGAAUGAGAAGUUAGCAAUGCAUACUAGCAUGAAGAAUCGGGAAUCUUCUUUCACUGCAUACUGUAGUCAUAGUUUGAUCCUAAUUGACAUGUGUUUAUCUGCAGACGUUCUUGGUUUCCUCCAUGUUUUUCCAAGACUUAUUUGAUGAGUUUGCUUGCCUGAACUUCAAGAGUCCUGAUCUUAACACGGUUUUCUUUUUGCAUAAUAUAUAGAGUCGGAUCAUUUCUUCAAUGCACUGAAAGUUCACGAUUCCCUUUGUUGCCUUGUGAUGCAUGGAGCACGUGAGAGUGUAAUGCAUGUACUCUGGGAUACUGAGAGGUGGCCUCCAAAGCAUUGUGUAUAUACUUCAGAUGUCAAGGCAGAAGGGACAGUAGCGCGAAGCUGUUGGUGCAUCUGGAGGUGUUUAAAAGCUCGCCAAUAUGGGUGACGACAAAUUUCACUGUAUCAGAAGGUCUUUGUUGUCAACUCUUGGAAUCCCUUUUCCAUUUCCUUAAACUGUUCAAUGACAUAUUGCAAGAUCCUUUGCUCUCCCCUGAUGACAAACUGCAACAACACAAGGGCCAUGUAUCGGAAAAGGACAAUCACGAAUAAGCAAAGAGGAAUUGAUGGAGGGAUCAGCUUCAACCAAGUAACCAAAUUUGAAAUAAGGGUGGGUAAGAAAGAAGAAAUUGAUGCAAUAUGUGAAGAAUUUAUUUACAAACAGUUAACUAAAGAAGAUGGAAGUCAUUGCCUAGCAGACAAAUUGUUGUUGUGCUAAUGUUUUGGCCGUUGAAUGACCAAAGCGCCAGUACAUUUAACGAUGUGUUUCUUCAUGACAUGGCCUCAUUGGUUCUGCUUUUUGUGGUUACAAUUUAGAUGUGUGAAGCCAUUGUUCAUUAAUUAAAAGGGAUAGUUCAUAUUGGUUAGGGUAAACAUCUUUGUACUGUGUAUAACGAUUACAAAUUGAGAUUUAGACAUAAAUUUAUAUCUAGGUUUUGACUUUUUA